AUGAGGGCAUUCAAUCUUCAAUCAAUACAAGGCUUGCGCCAAGUACAAUCGAAAUUAUCUCGCCAACCUUGCUGGGUCCGCCCAGGAUGUCGAGUCCUGCAAACGCCCACUUCGCGAUGGAGUAGCUCUCAGAGCUCUGCGAUAGAGAAGGAGAAGCCAUAUUAUGUGACCACGCCAAUUUUCUAUGUCAAUGCUGCUCCUCAUAUUGGUCAUCUCUAUACCAUGGUGUUAACCGACGUCCUUAAACGAUGGCAAGUGAUCAAUGGCAGGGAAGCGUACCUCUGUACUGGAACCGAUGAGCAUGGCAUGAAAAUUCAACAGGCAGCUCUGAAGGAAGGCAUUUCGCCUAAAGAGUUGUGCGAUAACAAUUCGAAUAAAUUCAGAGAUCUCGCCCAAGUCUCCAACAUUUCCCACGACUACUUCAUCCGGACCACCGAUCAGGAACACAAAGACGUUGUCCAGCAAUUCUGGCUUCUCCUCAAGGCCCGUGCCCCUGAAGGAUUGGGUUUAUACAAGGGAAAGCAUGAGGGCUGGUACUGUGUCAGUGAUGAGUGCUUCUACCCAGAGGAUCUCGUCGAACCCAGCGUUGUACCGCAAACCGGUCGUAAGAUUAUGGCUAGCACUGAGACAGGUAAUGAAGUCGAAUGGAUUGCCGAGCAUACGUGGUUCUUCCCUCUUUCAAAGUACAAGGAUAAGCUACUUCAAUUCUAUGACGAGAAUCCUGAUUGGAUUCAGCCAGCUCAUCGUAUGAAUGAAGUGCGAAACUGGGUCGAAAACCAUCUUGAGGAUCUUUCAGUUACUCGCCCUACGUCAAGAUUGAACUGGGGAAUUAGAGAUCCCGACGACCCAAGCAGUACCAUCUACGUCUGGGUGGAUGCCCUAGUCAACUACCUGACCAAGGCUGGAUUUGGCACCAAGUGGCAUGUUGACGAUGCCGACACAGGCAUCUGGCCAGCAGAUGUGCACGUCGUCGGAAAGGACAUUAUUCGGUUCCACGCAGUCUACUGGCCUGCUCUACUCAUGGCUGCAGGCCUCCCUCUACCCAAAAAGAUUCUCUGCCACAACCACUGGACCAUGUCCAAUCGCAAGAUGUCCAAGUCUCUUGGAAAUGUCGUCAACCCAUUCUCAGCGGUGCAAAAAUGGGAUCUUGACCCUCUGCGAUACUUCCUUAUGCGAAACGGCAGUCUCAAGGGUGACAUGAGCUACUCGAAUGAGUCCAUCAUGGUCAUCUAUGAAAAGGAACUCCAAGCCAAUAUUGGUAACUUGUUUAAUCGCAUUUCUCGCAACAAGAACUUUUCUUGGUCAACCUUGGGGGCAGUUCAAGCUGCCCGAAAUGGUGAAUUCGACGACAUCGAAAGUGCUGUGCUUAGCGGAGCUGAAAACGCCGACUUUAUGAGUCUCGAAUCAACACUGAAUGAGGCUCCCACAAGCAUUCGACGUGAUAUGGAUGACAUUAACUUGAGUAAUGCGCUUCGAGGCAUCUUCGAGCUUCUUCGAGAGGCAAACCGCUUCAUCAGUGAUACUGAGCCCUGGAAGAUAACCAAGAGCGAGGAACCCAAUGCCAAGGUUUGUACCAACUGGGUUAUAUACGAAUGCGCCGAGGCUGUGCGAAUCGCGGGUAUCCUACUGCAGCCUGUUAUGCCUACAAAGACCGAAGAGCUCCUGGAUAAUCUUGGUGUCAAACCCGAGAGGCGCACGAUCGAAUUUGCUCGCAAGGGCGCAGAUCUCGAAUAUGGCACGCCACCUCUUACCACAACCAACAUCAAGCCAAACAGCUUCCAGAGCCUGUUCCCUCCUGUUGCAGCAGUUGAUUUGCCCGAUACCCCAAUCAAAGCACCAAAGGGCAAGGGCAAGAUCAAGAACCGGCUGGGACGUGUGGCAGCAAACCUCAAGAUGAAGGUCAACCAAAACACAGCAAUUUCAACAAGCAAAGCUUUACUUGUUCCAUACGAGGCUCACCAUGUGCGGCAAUACCACGCAUGGAUGCAAGAUCCAGAUAUCCAAGAAGCUACCGCUUCAGAACCGAUGACUUUGGAGGAGGAGUACGAGAACCAGCAGUCAUGGCGCACAUCGUCCGAUAAGCUCACAUUUAUCGUUUGCGCACCCGUCACGCAAGACACAUCACUCGUGCAGUCCAGCACGGCUGAUGCUGACGCUCUCAUGCGUGGAGACAUCAACUUCUUUCUUUACCCCUUUGAAAGCGAUGAUGAGGAUGAUACUACAUAUACCCAGGGCUGGGUCACUGGCGAAGUCGACGUCAUGAUCGCUUCACCCUCGCAUCGCGGACAAGGUCUUGGUCAAGCAGCAGUGUGUGCGCUGCUUGUGUAUAUCCGAAAACAUAUCGAUGGGAUACUCGCAGAGUAUGGGGCGAAAGAGCUCAAGGGUUUGAUGGUGAAGAUCAAAGAGGGAAAUAAGGGCAGCAGAGCUCUAUUCGAGAAGUUGGGAUUUGUACAAAAGGGCGAGGUGAAUUACUUCGGUGAGAUUUUGAUGACUAUCGAGUGGGAUGAGGUUUUGAGGAGGGACUGGUGGAAGGGAGCUGAAGAGGAUUUUGGAGAGGUGAAGUACAAACUGGCAAACGAAUAA